GGCGGCGGCGGCGGCGGCGACUCCAUGAAGCUGAAGAAGGAGAUCUCGCUGCUGAACGGCGUCUGCCUCAUCGUGGGCAACAUGAUCGGCUCGGGGAUCUUCGUGUCGCCGAAGGGCGUGCUGAUCCACAGCGCGUCCUACGGCCUGUCGCUGCUCAUCUGGACGGUGGGCGGGAUCUUCUCGGUGUUUGGCGCGCUGUGCUACGCCGAGCUGGGCACCACCAUCACCAAGUCGGGCGCGUCCUACGCCUACAUCCUGGAGGCCUUCGGCGGCUUCCUGGCCUUCAUCCGGCUGUGGACGUCGCUGCUCAUCAUCGAGCCCACCAGCCAGGCCGUCAUCGCCAUCACCUUCUCCAACUACAUGGUGCAGCCCGUCUUCCCCACCUGCAUCGCGCCCUACCUGGCCAACCGCAUGCUGGCCGCCGCCUGCAUAUGCCUGCUGACGUUCGUGAACUGUGCGUACGUCAAGUGGGGCACCAGGGUGCAGGACUUCUUCACCUACGCCAAGGUCAUCGCGCUCAUCGCCGUCAUCAUCACCGGCCUGGUGAGGAUCGGACAAGGCCACACCCAGAACUUCGAGGGCAUGUUCGAGGGCUCCUCCACGGACCCCGGGGCCCUCGCCCUGGCCCUCUACUCCGCCCUCUUCUCCUACUCCGGCUGGGACACGCUCAACUUUGUCACCGAGGAGAUCAAGGACCCAGAGAGGAACCUGCCGCUGGCCAUCGCCAUCUCCAUGCCCGUUGUCACGGUGAUCUACAUCCUGACCAACGUGGCCUACUACGCCGUCCUGCCCAUCAACGCCAUACUGGACAGUGACGCGGUGGCCGUGACGUUUGCCGACCAGGUGUUUGGCGUGAUGAACUGGACCAUCCCGCUGGCCGUGGCGCUGUCCUGCUUCGGGGGCCUCAACGCCUCCAUCCUGGCCUCGUCCCGGCUGUUCUUCGUGGGCUCCAGGGAGGGCCACCUGCCCGACUACCUGUGCAUGAUCCACGUGCACCGCUACACCCCCGUUCCCGCGCUGCUCUUCAACGGGGUGAUGGCGUUGAUCUACCUGUGCGUGGAGGACAUCUUCCGGCUCAUCAACUACUACAGCUUCAGCUACUGGUUCUUCGUGGGCCUGUCCAUCCUGGGACAGCUGUACCUGCGCUGGAAGCAACCGGACCGCCAUAGGCCCCUCAAGCUCAGCCUGUUCUUCCCGAUCGUCUUCUGCAUCCUGACGGUGUUCCUGGUGGUGGUGCCGCUCUACAGCGACACCGUCAACUCCCUGAUCGGCAUCGGCAUCGCCCUAUCAGGCAUCCCCGUUUACUUCCUGUGCAUCUACACUCCGGCCACCAAGAGGCCGCUGUGGCUGCGGCGCCUGAUCGCCCGGUCGGGCCUGCUCAUCCAGAAGGUGUGCUUCUCCGUGCUCACCGAGAUGGACACCGACCACGAGGAGUGAAGCUCCGCCCCCU